AGUCGGAGGACAUUGCCAGGAUGGCAAACUUCAAAGGUCAUGCACUUCCAGGCAGUUUUUUCCUCUUCUUCGGGCUCUGGUGGUCUCUGAAAUACCCACUGCUGUAUCUCAGCCAGAAACUAAAUAAGAAAUCCCACAGAACGUGGUUUUUCCAGCGCGUGGAUGCCAUUGAAGGAGGAAUCAAAAUCGUCUUUGCUCUAAUAGGGAUGUUGGCAGAGCAGUUCGUCCCGGACGGUCCACAUUUGUACCUCUACAGCGGGGAGAACCGCGACUGGGUGAAGCUGAUGAACUGGCAGCACACCACCAUGUACCUCUUCUACGGCCUCUCCGGCGUGGUGGAUGUCUUCACCUGCAUCUCCCAGGUGGUGCCGCAGGGGCUGGACCGCCUCAUGAUGUCCAUCGCUGUGUUCGUUGAAGGUUGUCUCUUUUAUUACCACGUCCUUCACCGCCCCAUGUUGGAUCAGCAUAUCCACUCCCUGCUGCUCAUCGCCGUCUUUUCGGGGGCCUGCAGCAUCAUGCUGGAGGUCUUCCUCCGUGACAACAUUGUCCUGGAGAUGUUCAGAGCCGGUGUCACCAUCGUCCAAGGAACGUGGUUCUGGCAGAUCGGAGUCGUGCUGUUCCGGCCGUGGGGAGGUACGAUGUGGGACGAGGAGGACCACAGCAACAUCAUGUUUCUCACCAUGUGCUUCUUCUGGCACUGGGCAGCCGCGGUGGCCAUCCUGGCUAUAAAC